ACUUGUGCGUCUGUUCCACACUCCAGUUCAGAUUGUGGCGGUAAUGCACCAAAAGCUGGUUUGCCAACCGCCAAUAAACGAAGAAGAAGAAGAAGAAGCAGCAGCAGCAGCACUGUGUGUAUCACAGCGAUGGCUCGACCUCUGUUUGGAGGCGCUUUAUCAGCUGUUAUUCCACCCAGUGCCCAAGAUAUCAGUGAUCUGAGGCAGAUCCCUGAUAAUCAAGAAGUGUUUGGUAAUUCUCAGACAGAUCAAAGUAUCAUCAUUGAACUGCUGGAGUACCAAAGCCAGGUGCAGAAUGCUGAUGCAGCCAGGUAUCACUUUGAAGAUGUGGCUGCUAGUAACAAAGCAGCAGAUUCAGGCUCUUGGGAGAUCAGAGGAGUGGAGCAGCUCCCGCAAUCAGAACUGUCAUUACAGGAAUGCAGCUCUGCCUGGCUACUGUCUGGAGCUCAACUAGUCUCAAAAUUCAAUGAGGAGGCAAAGAACACUGUAAACAUUCACCUGUGCCUGUUCCGCCUGCCGCAGUACACCACUGAUAUCUUAGUGACAUUCAACGAUCCUGUGUGUAUCAAUCCCUUCAGCAGCAGUGCAGCUGGAAAUGUAGCUGCUGUACCGUGGACACUACAAGACUUCCACAGUGUUCUGCAGUCCUUCUGUCUUCUGGACCCUGGAGUGUUUGGAUAGAUGAUUCACUCAUACAUAGAAAACAUAUACAUUUUUCAUUUUUGAGAAGCUUUCAAAUGGCAGGACUAAACAGGUUUAUACUCGCUAAAAUGCUAGAAAAGGUCUCUAUCGAAAACAUUUUCCUUUGUAGUGCAAGUCUUUGCAUUUGUCUCAUACCUGUGUGAGAAAUGUAUAGGUGUGUAAAUAAAAAAAAUUUUAUUUAAGAAAAACUUUUUUUUACUUAUUUCUAUCCCUAAGUAAUUUUCACAAAUGACAAAUUACGUAAUCAGAUUCAAACAUCUCUAUCACUUCAGCUCUAAACUAAUGUUUAACAACUUCACUGGAAAUAAGAUUGUAACACAACUUCAGGUUCGGGUAUGGAAAGGAGGAGACGGGGAGCAGUGACACGCUUCAGGUAGGCUUUUAUUUUCUGCCUUCACACUCUUUGUGCACUCUUCUCUGUGCUUUUCUUUGUUCAGUGUAACACAAACUCUCAGUAAACAUAAAUUUCUUUAAACUCUCGAUACGCAAACAUAUACACUCAAUAAGACACGCCAGUCGCUGCACUCUCGUGUCGUUCUCUCCCUUCUCUGGCGUGUUUCACUGCUUUUAACGGCUCUCUCCGCCAUCACUGUAAUGAGAAACAGCUGUUAGAAAUUAUACCAACCAGCUUGAUGAGCCACACCACUCCCCCUCUCCUGCAAACAGACACACGACCAUGCCCCAUCCCCACAAAGAUGUUAAAAGUCAGGUUUUUCCUUAACUAGGAAAUGCGACACACUUUAUCCUUUAUAUCGUAGACUUCCCCAUCAUUCUAAUAUUACUGUGUACUGUGGCCCCAAAAAGUUUUUGGAAAUGUUAUUGUGGUGAGCAGGGCGGAUCUGCGUCUGGGCAGAGGGAGGCCGGGAAGCCGAGGGGAGGUGGGAGUAUUUAAGGAGAAGAGACAGCGGCAGACUGGAGAGAGAUGUAUGAAGCUUGUUUCUUUAAUCACUGAAAAGUGUCAUUAAAUGUCUGUGUUUGUCAAGCUGGUCCCAGCUUCUUCCUUUUC